GAAAAGAUAAACUUUUGUUGCUACCGUGAAGUGUACUGAAAUGUAUAAAAUUUCAAUUUCAAUCACAACAGUCAUAAGUUUCUAACGAAUCUUCAAAAUGGUAAGUGAAGUGUUCAAUAUUACUACCUAUUAUUUUAUUUUAUUAAUAAUAUAAACGCAAAAUAUUGUUUGGUUAGGUUUUGUUACCUUUUUACGUCAAAACCACUGAACGGAUUAUGCUGAAUUUUUGCAUAUAUGUGGUUCUAGACUAUAAUUAACAGAUUACUUUUUUUAUCUCGAACUUACAACUAAAGAGGGUGAAUAGUGUUAGUUGUAUUUUUGGUACCAUAUUCGAACUAUAAUUGUUGAUUUAUGAGUUACCUUGGUGAUAUUAAUGAAAUUAAAAAAAUUAAUGAUACGGCGGUUUAUGUAAGGGCCAUUUGUGAGGAUACAUGCAUAGUUCAUGGUUGGAUUAUAUAUCUAUAUAACAUAGGCAAUGCGGGACAGAAUAGCUAGUAAAUAAUAUAGUUCUUCCAGAUGUUUGGCUCGAGGAGCUUUACUGACCUAACCUAACCUUUUUUUCUUUUAAAGUUUAAGAUCAAAUUUGGAUAAAAAUAUUUAAUAUUAUUUUCUUUCAAACCAUGUAUAAACAAACUUCACUCAGAAUCGUUUGUUAGCAAUGGUUUAUCAUUGCUUACACAUAUAAAUUACAUAACUUUAUGUAUCCUACCUACGAAUCGGCAGUAUCAGCUCUAGUUAGGUUUUACAUUGUUAAAAAUCCAAUUGUGUUUGUAUAAUAUAGGAAAUAUUGUAUCGUUAAAAUUGUGAAAAAAAUAUAAUUACGUAGGAUGGGGGUAAUAAUAAUUUAUUAAAUAGGUAUUGUAUUACAUGUGAAAUUAAGUCAAGUUACAUAGUAGGUAUUCCUAUAAUGGCUUUGUUAAUUUUCUUAAAGAACUAAUAAAUUUUAUAUUAACAUGUACUGUUUAAUAAAAUCUAAUAAUUUAUUGUACAUAGUUAGGAAAUACACAUUUUCCAAAAAAAGAAUCACCUGCAGACCUACAGAACAAUGAUGAUGAAAAAGAAUUGCCUGCAUCUGAAAAAUCACUUUUGCAAAAGAUUGUCCGCACAGGUCUUGUAACAUCCAAACAUGACAUUGAGGUGCAAAGGCGUGAUCCAAAAUCACCACUGUAUUCAGUCAAAUCAUUUGAGCUUCUUAAACUGUAUGUUUAUUUAUAUAAUUUUAAAUUCUAUUAUUCUAAUAUGUGUAUUUAUAUACUAUAGUUUUAUAGUUGAUUUUUAUUAAUUGUAUUAUCUUUAUGUGUAGUUUACACAAAAAUUGUUUAAAUGUUUUCAAUGGUUUUUUGUAUAUUUUUUAGCCAUCCAAGUUUGCUUAAAGGAGUUUAUGAAAUGGGAUAUAAUGCACCAUCUAAAAUUCAAGAAACAGCAUUACCUUUACUCUUAGCCAAUCCGUAAGUAUAUAAUUUAAAUAUUGUGUAUAGGGAAUUAUUAUAUUUACAAGUAAUUAAAAGUUUUUAUACCUACACCUAUACAUAAAACAAAUUUAUUUGAAACAUGAUUUAUUUAAUCCUAUCAUAACUUUUGUAAUAUUAUACUGCUUAGGUAUAUUUACUAAAUAAUUAUUAAUAACUAGGCACUUUAUUAUCUCUUGUAUAAAUGUGUUUUAAAAGGUAACAUUCCUAGGUAAACAUCACUGUUCAUCAUAUUAUUAAAUUUUAAAAUAUGUAUAUUGUACAUUAAAUGAAAAUAUAAAUGAAUAAUAUUUUUUUGUAAUUUUUGAUACAAAAUGUAGAUAAAACCUGAAUUUUUACUUGACUCAUAAAAUAAUAUUGGAAUUGCUUAUACAUAUCCAAUAUAAUUUAAUUAUUUCAUUUUUAACAUUUAAAUCUUAUUAUUUGUGUUUCAAUUGAAUAAAAUAUAAGUAAAGUUUAUGACUUACAACCAACUAAAAUAAUAUUAUUUAGAAGAAAAAUGGUAAAAUUAUUUUACAAUAAUUUAUUGUGUAUUUUAGUCCUCAAAAUUUAAUUGCACAAUCACAGUCUGGUACUGGAAAAACUGCAGCAUUUGUUUUGGCUAUGCUAAGCAGAGUAGAUCCGACAUUGCAUUAUCCACAAGUAAUUAUAACUAUUGAAAUUUAAAAUACUUAAUAAAUAGCUUAAUCAAAACUUCAUUUGUUUAGGUAAUUUGUUUGUCUCCCACAUAUGAAUUAGCUAUUCAAACAGGUGAAGUUGCAGCAAAAAUGUCAACUUUUUGUGCAAACAUUAAGCUUAGGUACGCUGUCCGUGGGGAGGAUGGUAUGUAGUUUAAUAUAUUUAAAAACUAGUUUUAAAUACUUAUACAUACAAACAUUUCAUUUAUUUUCAGUUGAAAAAGGUUCCAAAUUACAAGAACAAAUUAUUGUGGGUACUCCUGGUAAAGUAUUAGAUUGGGUAACUAAGUAUAAAUUUUUGGAUCCCAAAAAGAUAAAAGUAUUUGUUUUGGAUGAAGCUGAUAUUAUGGUUGAUACUCAAGGUCAUCAAGAUCAAUGUUUUCGUAUAAGAAAGUAAAAAAAUAGAUAAAAUAUUCAUAUUUAUGUUUGAAAUUUAAAAUGAAAUUGUUUUUAAGGGUACUACAAGAAUCAUGUCAGAUGAUGUUUUUUUCUGCCACAUACACAGAAAAUGUUAUGAGAUUUGCUAAUGCUAUUGCUCCUAUGUCAGUUAUUAUAAGAUUAAAACGUGAAGAAGAAACCUUAGAUAAUAUCCGUCAAUAUUAUGUUACCUGUAACACCAAAGAAGAUAAAUAUAAUUCUUUAGUUAAUAUUUAUGGAGGAGUCACUAUUGGACAAGCAAUGAUUUUCUGUCAGGUAAAUAAAAUAUACAUGUUAUUUAUUUUAACUUGCAUAGUUAUUAUUUAGUAAGAACAAAAGUAAUUGAUAUCAAUUCAAUUUUGAUAUUUAUUGUUUUGAAUAGACCAUAAGGUACCUAUAUUUUUCGUAUUAAGUUAAACUUUUUUUUUUGAUCCACAUUUUGAAAAUCGUAUUCGAAAAGAGAAUACUUUUCUUAACAUUUUGAUACGCAGAUCAUUAAUACAUAUCAAAUAUUAGUGUUAUGCUUGUCAACAUUUGUGGAAAAGAAUUAUCUUUCGAAUCUGAAGUAAAGAAUAUGGGUUGUUAUUUGAAAAUCAAAAGUUAUUUAUAAUAUAAGCAUAUUAUAAGAAAGAAUACAAUUUGAAAUUGAAUCUAAAGUUUCUGUAUCAUUAUUAUUAUUAUUAUUAGUAUUCCAAUACUAUAUUUGAUACUAACUUCAAUGAAAUUAUCAGUUAAUAAAAUAUUAUUUCAAUAGAAAUUACAAUUUAUGGGUAUUCUUUAACUUAACAUAUUUUAAUUAAAUCAAAAUUAUUUUUUGAUCCAUUUUGGAUAUAAUUCUAUUAAAAUAAAAUAAACUUAUGAUACAUUAAGUGUAUAGAAUAUAUAAUUAUUACAUAAUAUGUGGAUAUUUAAUUUUUAAAUGACAUUCUUAUUAUAAUUAUAUAAUUUUUAUUUAGACAAAAAGUAUGGCUCAAUGGCUUGUAACUGAGAUGAUUAAUCAAGGACAUGCUGUGGCUUUAUUGUCCGGGGAACUUACUGUCCAACAAAGAAUAUCUGUUUUGGAUCGUUUUCGUGAAGGAAAAGAAAAAGUUCUUGUCACUACAAAUGUAUUAUCUCGAGGUAAAUAUUAUUAUUCUUUAAGGUUUAUAGGAUAAACUAUUAUGUAUAUUAACUGUAUCUAAACUAUUUUAUUAUUAUUUUAGGUAUUGAUAUUGAGCAAGUUACGAUUGUUAUAAAUUUCGAUUUGCCUGUAACAGUCUCUCGUGAGCCUGAUUAUGAUACAUACUUACACAGAAUAGGACGUACUGGUCGCUUUGGUAAAAAAGGUAUUGCCAUUAAUCUUGUGACUGGUGAUGGUGAUUUUAGAAUAUUAAAACAAAUCGAAGAACAUUUUUGUAAACCAAUUGAAUGUUUGAACACAGACAAUGCUGAUGACAUGGAAAAGUUGGGAGCAACAGAUUAGGUUAUAAUUUUAAUUUCAACAUAUUUAAGUAUAAAUAAAAAUGAUUAAUGGGGGUAUCAUUAAAAGUCUGAAAGUAAUAUUGACUUUAUACAAUUUUUUAAAUUUUGUAUGUAUUUUAUUCAAAUUCAGUUUAAGAUAAGAAACAAAAUAUCUUAAACAAUUAUUCUUUAAUGUUUUCACUGUAAAUAUAAAAUUACAUAAUUAUAUUAUAUUGUCAUGUAAAUAUUUUUUUUUUAUUAUUUUGAUAAUAUUAUUCCAUCCAAUUAUUAUGUACAACAUAAGGAAACACAAUUUGUUUAUAUUACACACAUUUAAUUAUAAGUAAGUUUUUUGUUGUACAUGAUUUUACAUUAAUAGUGACAUUAUUUUUCUAGUUUUAUUCAAAUAUGUACAUAUUUUGUUCUCUUAUAAACCAAUAUUUCUAGAUCUUAUAAUCAUGAAAAUAAUUUAAAUUUAUAUAAUUGAAUUGAAUUUUUAUUGGGAAUGGUAAAAUCAAUUAAAACUAAACGAAAAAAAAAUAUUCCACUUUUUAAGUUUAGAUAGGAAGAGAGUAGUGAAAUACUAUGAAAAUGCUAUUCUCCAUACAUCAAUACAAAUAAUACUUUUUAGAUUGUUAUCUUUAGUAUUUUAAAAUAGAAUAACACAGAAAGUUUUCAUUUAAAUAUGAUUACAAUACUUCAAAAUUUUCAGAAAAAUCAAGUAUUUCAAAAUAUUGGCUUUAACUAUACUUCAAACAUCACUCUGUAGGUAUAUAGUAUAUUAAUGUUUAAUUAAUAAUUAUUAGAUAACUGUGACUUUGACAGUCGUAAAGUUUCCUACUUGUGGCUUUAGACCAGAAGUUCUCAAACUUUUAAUUUCGCGUGCCACUUGUAUUUAUUAUGGAUCUGUCACAUACCAUGUAAAACUAAAAAUUAAACAAUUAAUAAUGUUUUUACAUUUAUUUCAAAACGAUAAGAGUAUAAUAGACAGUAAGGUACUUCAAUAUAAUAUAUAAAAUAUAGUAUUUUAUCCAUUAAAAAAUAUUUGUAUGAAUUAAUUAAUUAUAUUAAUUUAUUUUUCAUUCUGUUAGGCCACGCGCCCUUCUGUAUACCACCAUGUUGCCUGUCACAUACAGUUUGAGAACCGCUGCUUUAAAUAGUUACAGUGGUUAAAUUCUAAACUAAUUUUGUAUGAUAAACCACCAGUAUAUUAAAAAAUGGUACCUAAUAAUCAAGGUCAGAGUUUGAAAGCACAAGAUUUCUCCCGCUGGUUUCUAUAAGAGGAGCUGUAAUAGCCAUAAUAUUUGCUUCACAUUAAUGAUAAAUAAUUAAUGUAAUGGUUAUUAGUGUACUAUGUCAAACUAGUAUUCAUUGUCAACCAGCAUUAUAUACCACUAUUCUCAGUACUCAAUAAAUAAGACAAAUGUUUUUAGUUCAACGUCCAGGUUAUUUUACUGUUUGUCACUAAAUGAAGUUUAUUAUUUUUGGCAUGGAAAUAUCAAAGAAUUAUAGUUUUUAUUAAGUUAGGUAAAUUAUUAUUAUCUAAAUGACUAAAAAAAAAAACCAAACAGCUUAUAUAAAUCCACUUUAAGUGAGUAUGAUUUUUACUUCACAGAUAUCAUCGAUAUGGAUGCAUUAUUGAGCAAAAAUUUAGAGGUCAAAUAUUAAUAUUAAUUGAAACAAAACUAAUAACGUAUAAAUAUAUAUUAUGUGUAAUGCAUUGAUUAAUACUAUAGUUACAUAAAUAAUGUAAUGCAUAAUUUAUAAAACAAUAAAAACAACUUAUCAAAGCAUUUAAAUAUUUUAAAUUCAUACUAUUUCAAUAUUAAUAAACUGAGUGAUACUGUGCAAUGUUUUUUGUAGAAUUAUUUGAUUAUUGUCUAGAAUAAUAGUUUUAAGUGAUUCACAUUUUGUUAAUUCCUUACACGAAGUUUCUUGAAUUUGAUUUUCUCUCAAAUCUAAAACUUCAAGACUCGGUAGAGCUGGAAAAUUGUUUAAAUUAAUAAGUUGACAAUUCUUCAAUGACAAAUUUUUGCACAUUAAUAAAUAUUUUAAAUGACUUAAAUUACUAUUUGAUAAAUUAUUAUCACUUAAAUCAAUGUUUUUGUGAAAUAAAAACAUAUGCAUAUGAUAAAAUGCAGUUAAACCAAGUCCUUUUAAAUGUACGGUGUCAGUAUUAUUAUUAUUAGCAAUCCAAUAUUCAAUUUGGUACCGGCUUUCAAGAUCAUUAUAGUAAUUUUUCCUUAAUGUGUCUAUUACUUUUAACAAUUUUAUAUUUUUGAGACAAUUUUCAAUAUAGUUGUUUAAUUUUAAUGUGUGAAGAAGUAACACAUAAGUAAGUAAAGCCCACUUGCUUUCUGGUUCCAUACUUAACAAUUGACGCAAACUGUCAACUUGUGCAUUCAAAACAAGUCUAAGUUGUUCACUUAUAUUAAGUUGAAAUAUAUCUUGCCGAAUAUUAUCCAUCAAUAUUCCAUCUAUUACUUGAUUAGUUUCAUCAAUAAUCUCUACGCUAUUAAUAUCCAAAUUGUUUACAUUUGUAUACCAUAUUUUUGGAUCUAAUUGUUCCCAAUUAUUAUUUCCUAAUCCUUUAAUUUUAUAAUUAUUUGGUAAACUCUUAUUAAGUACAAGAUAAAUUUUGUUUUUAAUUUGAGAAACUUUGUAAAUAUACUUGGAUGGUUCUAGUUUUCCAAUUAGCCAUCGUUGAUAUAUCCAAGCACUUUGAUCGGAAGGAUCAGUGAAUGCUGCGCUUUCAACCAAUGAUAGUUCUGAUAUUUUUGUACUUUCUUCAUCUUUCCCUGCAGCGCUAAAAAGUUUGGAUCGAUAAUGCCAUGCAGAAUAAUUAGAAAAAUUUGAUUCUAUCAUUUCCAUAGUAAACUGCAGUUCAUUUUCAUGUGGCUCUUGGCAUUUUGAUGCAACAAUUUGUCUGUAAUCCCAGCAAUGGAAAUUUCUUUCAUCCAUUUUCAAAUAUUUUGUACACAGUGAUAAUUCUUUAUUCCAAUCCGCACUGGAAUCUAUAUUAUCUAAUACCCAGUUCCGAUGGUACCAUGCAGAGUAUGAUUUAGGGUUUACUUGUAAACAUUUUUCAGUUAAAUAAAGUUCAUCAUUUAUUAUUUCUUUUGAAGGAUUCAAAUGUAAUAAUAUAUCUUUUCUAUAAUUCCAUAAAGUAACAAUAUCAGGAUUGGCUCUUAAGAGUCCUUCAGAUGAUUUUAAGGCAAGCACAUCAUAUUCAUUACGAGUACGACGAUUAAAUACAUCAUUGAUACUUUGUCGAUAAAACUGAAGUUUUUUUUCCUUUUCUCGUUCUGCAGCAGCUUUCUGUGCUUCAGUAGUAUGUACUUUUUGUCGAUUAUGCAUAUUUCAUAUAAUUAACCUAAUUAA